GAAGCCCUGAGAGGUGACUUCUAAGAGCAUCAGCCCAGCGCCCUCCGCCGCGCUUCAAGGGGCGCCAUGCUGGCCCUCGGGAGCCGCCCGACGAGGCUUCUGGCCGCGCUCACGCUCGCACCUCAGAAAAAGUAAAAGAGCUGAUUGCCAGAAACAGUGAAGCAAUGGGGCCCCAAGCCACAGGGAUAAUCCCUGUGGAAACACACGUACAGUGCAACAAGUGUCUUAGAAAUGAUUGCUCUACAAAUGGCUUAAAUAAAAUAACUUAAUAUGGGGCCCCUGCAGAAGUGCAGCGGGUUAAGUGCACGAGGCGUGCAGUGCAAGGACCAGCAUAAGGAUCCCGGUUCAAGCCUCCCGGCUCCCCACCUGCAGGGGAGUCACUUCAUAGGCAGUGAAGCAGGUGCGAAACAGUAUGAUGAAACCAUCUAUGAAUUUCGUACCUAUUCUCUUAAAUCUUCAAAGAUGAAUGAGUUCCUGGAAAACUUUAAGAGAAAUGUUCAUCUGCGGACAUCUCACUCUGAACUGGUCGGCUACUGGAGCGUAGAAUUUGGAGGAAGACUGAAUAAGGCGUUUCAUAUUUGGAAGUAUGAUAAUUUUGCUCAUCGAGCUGCCAUUCGGAAAGCACUGGGCAGAGAUACGGAAUGGCAAGGGAAGUUUCUCAUUCCAAAUUUGCCUCUAAUUGAUAAACAAGAGAGUGAGAUUACUCACCUGUUGUCAUGGUGCAAAUUAGAAAAACCUCCAAAAGAAGGAAUAUAUGAGAUGGUUAUUUUUCAGAUGAAACCAGGUGGGCCACUGCUCUGGGAAGAAGCAUUAAAAAAAGCAAUUCAUGCUUAUGCCAGUCAAGGCUACUCAAAACUGAUUGGCGUUUUCCACACAGACUACGGAGCCCUCGACAGAGUUCAUGUUCUUUGGUGGUAUGAGAACGCAGACAAUCGUGCAGCUGGGAGACAUCGGUCUCACGAGGAUCCCAGAGUGGUAGCAGCUGUUCAGGAAAGUGUCAGUUACCUGGUGUCUCAGCAGAAUAUGCUUCUGAUUCCCACGUCAUUUUCACCACUGAAGUAGUUUUACACUGAAAUGCAAAACAUAUUACAUAGUGUCGCAAGAUGCAGCUGCUAACAAUACUUAAAUUCUGGAGAUUCUCUUUUAUUUGAAGGUGGUGGUCAGUUAAUGUCCUGUGUUUCCUUUUUUUAGAGUCACCUGUGUUCAUUGUUAACUCCUCCCACUGUAAAUUGAAAAAUGAUGCUAUGAGUUCUCUGUAAAUAAACUUUAGGAAAAUUC